CGGACAUCGCGCACUCCGCCCCUCCGGUCUCAGAGACGACAUCAUGGAGCCGGCGGGCAGCUCUCUCGGCGGCACCGCCCUCCAGCUGUCGGGCGACCGGGCAGCCCCGCCGGGCGAAGAGGGCCUAUCGGCCAUCACAGCCCCCUGCUCGGCCGGCCUGGUCAGCUCCUCCGGCACCAACGGGAAGGCGGUUGUGUGCGAGCGGUGCGGCUCCCGUGUGCUGAGCCCAGGGACGGCGCGGUACCGUCGCCGAGAGCUCUUCCUUCCCUCCAUGAGGCAGAAGGUGGCACUGGGCACGGAUGGCAGUGCAGUCACAGGAGACAUGCUGCAGGAGCACUGGUUCGUCGAUGACAUGUACACCUUCGAGAACAUUGGAUUCACCAAGGAUGUGAAUAACAUCAAGUACCUUGUGUGUGCUGACUGCGAGAUUGGCCCCAUUGGAUGGCACAGUCUGGAUGAUAAGAAGAGCUUUUACAUUGCUUUAGAUCGAGUGCAGCAUGAAUAGUGGGGGUCUGGGGGGGGGG